AACCAGCACAAACGUUUGGGCCAUUGCUAGGUACAGAAGGAGGCUGCGGGCACCCGGCGCCUUCUGGCAAGUGAGGGGUAAGGGGAUGUAGUUCGCAUCUGCUCCCCAGGGCUACUCCGACGUUUCGUCAGCGUACGUGCCUCCAUAUCCAAGAUCCCAACCCAUUGCUAUACACUUUUCGUUUCCGUCAAGAAGCUACACUAAGCAAACAACUCGGCCACAAACACAACGCCGCCACGAUGGAGGCGUUUGCAGCAAUUGGACUCGCGAGCAAUAUCUUACAAUUCCUCACAUUAGGGGCCAACAUUGUAUCGGAUUCGCGGGAGAUCUUCGAGUCUGCUAGGGGCAUAACAAAAGAGCUCGGGGGAGUGGAGGAAAUGUGCCAGCGACUUAGCCGGCUCUGCACGAACCUGAGCAUCGACCACCCCAUUCCGCCAGCUCCCUACUGCGGGAACUCGGCAAAGUCCAAGGCGAGAACGGCAGAGGAUGGUCUCGCCGAACUGGCGGUGCAGUGCAAGGCCACCGCGGAGGAGCUGGCGGAGCAGAUCAGAAGCAUGAUCCUCGACCCGGCGCAGGGCCCUCGCACAAAGAGGGGUGCUCUCCGGGCGGCCAUCAAGGCGCAUCUGGGAAAGGAAAAGACAGAAGAUCUGCAAAAAAGACUGCAAGGCUACCGCGAGGAGCUCGUGGUCCAUUUUCUACAGAUUACAACGGCACAGGACAGGCGCUCCCUUGAUUCCUCCGUGAUACAACAUUUGGAGGAUCUCAAGGCAGCGAACCUCGGCUUGGUUCACGACCAUUCUGCCAAGAUCGCACAACUAACCACCAUCAUUCAGGAUCUCCCCAGGCAAACAAACAUGCUCCGUCAGCUCUAUGGGACAGAGCUGUUGGCCCAGUUGUCGACGGUAUCCAAGGACCUCGAGAUUAUCUGUGCAUCGUCCACGCGGCAAUGGAUUUCGGAACACGAGGUUGUUCAAGCACUUCACUUUGACGCGCGCCCAAUGCGGCAAGAGUCCAUCCCUGAAGCACACAAGAAGACCUUCCGUUGGCUGUUUGGCAGCACCGCGGACAAUCAAGGGGACUGGGAAGCAUGGUAUCGCCCGAGUCACAAGACGGUGGCAACCGAAUCCUUGUUGCUACGUUGGCUGAGGAAGGGGAGUGGUGUAUACUGGGUAUCUGGAAAGCCAGGGUCCGGAAAGUCUACCUUCAUGAAAUUUGUCGCUCGGCACCCGAAAACCCAGGUCGCCCUCAACGCCUGGUCCCGCUCAUCCGAGUGCCGAACAGGGGCGUACUACUUUUGGAGCGCCGGGACCCGCCUGGAGAAGUCCGUCGAGGGAUUGUUCAGGUCGCUCCUCUUCGAUGUCCUCGUGCACGAUCCGGACUUGAUACCGCUCUUGUUUCCUCAACGCUGGGCCACCUUGACAGCCGCGCGCCGUGGGCCUAGGAGGCGAACGCUCGUCGACGAAACAUGGACAAUGAAAGAACUCUCGGACGCAUUUCGGUUGCUAUCCAAAGCCCCCGAGUCAAGACGGUUCUGCUUCUUCAUCGACGGCCUGGACGAAUAUAGCGGCGACCACUUGGAGUUGUUGGAGGUUUUGGACAGCAUGAAGGCCAGCCAAAACAUCAAGCUAUGCGUUUCAAGUCGGCCGUGGAACGUUUUUGAAGACAAACUCGGCCGAGAGUCGUCUACGAAACUCUACCUCCAUGAGCUGACCCGCCCGGAUAUUGCAAAGUAUGUCAAGUCGACACUUAACAACGACGGCAACUGGGCAAUGGAAUCCAAAAACAACACGAGGUACACUGUGUUGGUGGAGGAAAUCAGCGACAAGGCGCAAGGAGUUUUCCUCUGGGUUGUUCUUGUCGUCAGAUCCAUUCGGGAGGGCUUGUCCAACGGAGAUUCCCUCCGCAUGCUGGAAGGAAGACUCAAGACCAUCCCGCAGGAACUUGGGCCUUUCUUCCUCCACAUUUUGAAUUCCAUCCCCAUAAUCUACCGCGUCCAGAUGGCGCUGUUCUUCCGGGUCGCGCUCGACACAUCCGCCAAGCUGACGUUGAUGCACUACUCGUUCCUGCACGACUGUUACGAAGAGGACCGGUUCGCCUUUCGUGUCUUGUCCGAGCCCUUGGACAAAUACGACAUAUUCGACCGGCACUGCAAGAUGCGGCGUCGUCUCAACGCCCGCUGCAAGGGGCUCCUGGAGAUCCACCUCGACCCUGCAGAGAGGCGACAGUACCUGGCGCACAGGGUGACCUUUCUGCACCGGACAGUGAGGGACUUCCUCCGGGAGGAGGAGAUGAUGGCGUACCUGCAGGACACCCUGGGGGACUACCCCACCAACACGGCCGUCCUGAACGCCUACAUCGCCCUCAUCAAGGUCUGCCCGCCGGACGACUUCCCGGACAACCUGGUUCCGGACGCGCUCAACUUCGCGAGAGAGGCCGAGGCCGAGUGCGCAGAGGCCGCCGUCGAGUGCGUCAACGAGCUGGUCCGGGCCGGCCACGCUCUGGGGCAGGAAUGGGCGAGGCCGCAGCGGUUCCAGAGGCUGGCGGUCCGCCACUGCCUCACCGGCUACAUCGAGGCCAUGGUCGUCGGCGGCGGCGGCGGCGCGCACCACCACCACCCGCCACUCUCCCCGCUGCAGGCCUCGCUCCUCCUGGACAACUGCCUCGAGGCCUGCGCGUCCACGGACCCGGAUGCCGCCGACGCCAGCCCGGUGCUCGAGGUGCUGCUCGGGAACGGGACCGUGCGGGACCAGCUGGCGCGGGACGAGGAGUGCUGGAGGACGUACGCCCAGAACCUCGCCGCGGCCGUCGUCAAGACGUCGGACCUGGAUAUGACGAGGCGGCUGAGGAGCCCCCUGGUCCUUGUCGUGCCCCACGUCCGCGGCAGGAUCGACGCGAGGCACUCGCACAGGGUCGUCUGGGACGCGCUGUUCACGAACCUGGUCGGCCUGGUCCUGGGCGGCGCGUCGGUGGCCCGGGCCGUCACGGUCGCGCGCCUCCAGAUGCUCGAGGAGCUCUUCGCGCACGGGGCGAGCCCCAACUGCCGCCGUGGCGGGGGUCACCAUGACGAUGACCAGCAGCGGCAGCCGCCGCCCGCGCGGACGCAACGGCGGGGCGGCGCGAGGGAGGAGGACGACACCGUCUGGUCGUGGUUCUGCGAGCACAUACGAUCAACGGCAGCGGCUGGCGCCCACACGGUCGGGGGCGGUUCGUCCGGCGCUGGGAGUAGUGCGGUUCGGGCGGAGCUGAUGGCGCACAUUGUGGAGGUGCUCCUCAACGCGGGCGCCGACACCGCACAUUCCAAAUCCCUCGCGGGGGAGGAGGCAUCGGCCAUGUUUCCUCCCAGGCUUGCUACUAGCAUCCGGGAUAAGCUGCCGUCGACGAAAUGGCAGGACAAGACUAGCGGGUGGGUUUCGUUUUUGGUAUCGAUUGUCCCGGUAAUCUCCUGGUUUGUAACAUAGUUAAAAAAGUGAGGAUGGUACUUACCUGCAGCUCAACCUUGUCCGAGCCGUCGUAGACCAGAAACUUAAGGCUGUUCAUGGCCCAAGCCUCGGCCUGUCCACGAUCAAUCUGGAAUUUCCAAAGGUCAUUUAUCUGCUUUAGCC